AUGAGUACAUCCGGUAAUCAACGGGCCACUGCUAAGGUCGAUCGGAAACGUAUUACGGACCGCAGAGCCCAGAGGAACCACCGAGAACGUGUCAAGGCGUAUAUCAGUCAUCUCGAGACCACUGUGGAAGAGCUUACCGAGGCGUCCCAGAAAGGUUCUGAACAAAGUCUGGUACAGAAACUGCAAGAAAAGCAGCUGGAGAUCGAACAACUGAAACGGGCUAUACGGCAAGCCAAUGAGGUCCUACAUACUGCCCUUGGCACACCCUCAUCCAGAUCACCCGCUAUCGUCGAGACCGUGCAUAAAGAUUCCCCGGAGAUACAAAACAGCUGGCCGCCCGUAGCUAGCAAAGAUGAAUCGGCAGAAGGACUCAAUAAUCGCAAGAUACAGAUGGAAUCCACAUUCGAGCCAGGAGAUAUCUCUCCCAGUACGAGCCGUGGCAGUCAAUUCCUCAACGAUAAUAGGCUAACGAGUUUUCAUUCACCAUAUGGCACUCUCGCCUGUGGGGAUGGGCAAGUGAACUACUUUCAGGUAGUUAAUGAGUCUCUAGUUCACGUACUCAGUGCUGGAGCACUGACCACUUCCGCCGAUGAUGACGAUGACUUGGCUAUUCGGGCUAUCUUACACGGGUGGGAUGCUGUUAAGCAGGAUAAACCACUCGACCAUGGUUGGAACUUUCUCAGAGCUCUAGAUCAAGGACUAUUUCACCGCGCUGGCGCCGUGGAGCGUCUGGCCAUCCUGCGCUUAAUGCGAUCCAUGCUAAUGGUGGGUCGCAACAAGUAA